UACUAAAAGCUUAGUUGUGGGAAAAAGUUUGUAAGGAAUUUUGGGAAAUUUCUUGUGGGGUCCAGAGCUUUAAAUAGUCUUGAGUUAGACAAAGAUCCAAAGCCUUGUUCUUUUUAUUGAAUCGAUACGAAAUAAUUAAUGAGAGAUUAUUUUCGCCUUUGUAGGUUCAGAUUUUGUGACAUCGCGUAUGAUUGAUUUCCAUUAAUUUUAUUCAGCUGAUAAUUUUUUAGUUAUUUUGGAUCAUUUUAUAAUGGGUUUUUGUAUUAGUUUAUUCGUUGCGCCGAUCGUGCUCUAGGAAUGUAAUAAAUUUAACUAUAUAGGGCCGAUACAAUUCUCACGACAUAGGCCGGAAUAUAUGACUCUGAAGUUUGCCGACUUCUGACAGAAAAAAAAAAUUGGCAUUGCAUAUUUGCCUGGAAAAUGAUGGGAUUUGGAAAAAAUGCAAAACAAUAAGUUCGGUAUCAGUUUAUUUAAUCGUGAUGAUCGUUGAAUAUUUUCCCAACUAAAUUGCAUGGUCAUUAUAGAUAGUAUACGAAAGUUUGAAAACCAAUAACAGUAAAAUGCUUCAGUUUUUUUUAUCGUCAUUAUUUGAUAGUUUAUCCGCUGCUGUACACUUAAACUUCGUCGAGCCGUACCAUAUUAAUGCACUGCGCGGUUAUUGUUUGAGGAUUUCAGUCUUCGUGUUGAUUUUUUGACGAAAUAUGUAGAUUCAGUUGAACUAUUACAGCUCAAUAGGUGGAUUAAUUGCGAAAAGAUAAUUAGUUUCCGUGGAAGGUCACACGACCAAUAAUGAGUAUUGUACUCAUGUGAAUUGCCAAAUCUACUUACAUUUAUGUAGAAUACUUUUUUGUUUUGGUAAUUAAUGUUUCUGUAAUUUCGUCUAGUGAUUGUUUUGUGCAUCUCUACCUCAAGAAUACUUGAGAAUACGGCUUCAAAGAGAAAAUCAUAGUUAAUAGUAUUUAUCUGACAAUAUUAUUAUUUGACACUUCGAAUUCAAAAAAUGGCGCGACUGCGCGAAGUUAGCUACAAGUAACUACAAGAAUUACGAAACAGAAAUAUUGGUAGUGGCAGUACUGCCACUGCGCGUAGUUGAUUCCGAAAUGCACCCUAUAUUGGUAUAUGUAUAUUGGGGUAUAUAUAUCAACACGUGAAUGGAGGUAACCUCCAAAAUUUCCGGCUGUUUGACACUUUCAAUAAAUUUCCUACGUUAAAAAUUAAUUUAAUACCAAUGAAAAAACUAAGUGGACUUCAUCAUUGACAUAUUAAGCAUAAAGAGAUAUAAUAAACAUAUUAGGAGUGUUGUUAAGUUUUCGAAAAAACGGAUUUAGUAGGAUUAUAAUAAUCGUAACCUCUCAAGACAAGUUUUUCCUUGAACUUAUGUAUUGAACAUAUUGCAAUACACGUGAAAAUGGCCAAUGUAGAUAGUGCGAAGAUUGAGGCGAUUGGGAAGGUAUUGAAUGAUGAGAAGAGACCAUUAAAGGAGAGAUUCAGAGCUUUAUUUACGUUGAGAAAUAUUGGGGGAGAAGAGGCGAUUGAGUGGAUCAAGAAAGGGUUUGAAGAUCCUUCUGCAUUGUUGAAGCAUGAGCUGGCGUAUUGCUUGGGACAGAUGCAGGACUCUAGGGCGACUCCAGUAUUAAUUGACGUGUUAAAGGACAUUAAACAGGAGCCGAUGGUCCGCCAUGAGGCUGGAGAAGCCCUCGGAGCCAUUGGAGAUCAGAAAGUUAUUCCUAUUCUCCAGGAAUAUAGCAAAGACUCUGUAAUUGAAGUGGCAGAGACCUGUCAGCUGGCCUUGAACAGAAUAAAUUGGUUGAGGGAGGAUAAAAAUCAAUCGGAGAGUCUAUCAGAGAAUCCAUACGCUUCGGUGGACCCAGCUCCUCCUUGUGCCAUCACAAACGUCGAAGAGUUGAAGAAAAUUUUACUCAACGAAGACGCUUCACUUUUUGAAAGAUACAGAGCAAUGUUUUCGCUGAGAAACUUGAGGACUCCAGAAAGUGUAUUAGCCCUUGGAGAAGGCCUCCGAGCAGGAAGUGCCUUAUUCAGACACGAAGUUGCCUUCGUCCUCGGGCAACUCCAAGAAGAAAUCUCCGUUCCUUUUCUUCAAGCGUCCCUAGAAGACCCAGCGGAGAAUGAAAUGGUUAGGCACGAAUGUGCAGAAGCUCUUGGCGCAAUUGCCCAUCCAGCUUGUGAAAAAAUUCUCAAUAAAUACAUCAAAGACCCCAAACGAGUUGUCAGAGAGAGCUGCGUCAUUGCCCUGGACAUGUGCGAGUACGAAAACAGUCCGGAAUUCCAAUAUGCUGAUACAUUGAAUAAAUUUUUGGUUAGUUAACGCAAGAGCUGUAAUAAAAAUUGAUUACUUUUCUAUAAUUAAUAAAAUAUCUAUUUACGUAA